UGUAUAGUAUUUUUAAUAGAUUUAAUAAAAAAAAACAAAAAAAAUAAUCACUCUAUAGAAGAUGAAAAUAUUGACGACCCUGGAACCACUCGUCAAAGUUCAUCAUGUGAAUUAAAAGGAAAUAUUACAGUGGCACUUCCAGAAUGUGAAAAAUCGCCACAGUCAAAUUCAAACAUUGCAACGUAUUCUGGUUUAAGUUUAGCUGACUUAGGUACAUUGGAUACUGGACCAUGUCGCCCUGUUCUCUCUGCUUACAUAAAAACAAAAUUUGGAAAGCAGUAUAGGUCAUUCCAAAGUGAAUGGUAUACAAAUUAUGAAUGGUUAGAGUACAGCAUAAAAUGUAAUGCUGCGUUUUGUUUUGUUUGCCGAAUGUUCGGUACUAGCAAAGUUGAAGAUAUAUGGACAAAAACUGGAUGUAACAAUUGGCAAAAAUUUAUUGUAAAAAUAGGGAAACAUCAAAACAGUGAUGUACAUAAAACAAAUUUGACAAAAAUGGUUGCAUAUACAACAAGCAAACAAUCUGGUUCCAUAAUGGCUAAAUUAUCAGAUGCUCACCACAAUCAAAUUGCAGAAAAUAGAGCUUAUAUGGCCCAAUUAAUUGAAAUUGUUUUGUAUCUUGGUAAACAAGGUGUAGCAUUACGGGGACAUUCUGAGACAUCUGAUUCUUUAAACCAAGGUAAUUUCAAAGAACUGUGCAAUGUGUUUUCAAAAUGUGUUCCAAAUUUUAAAAAUUAUUAUGAUAUUAAAAUCAAUCACACAAGUUGGAAAGUACAAGAAGAAAUCAUUCAAAUAAGUGCUGAUUAUGCUAGGGAAAAAAUAAUUAAAGAAAUUAUAAAUACUGGAAUUUUUGCUAUUAUGGUUGAUGAAGCCAGAUCUUAUAAACAAGAACAAUUAAGUAUUUGCGUUAGAUAUGUGAUUGGUCUUGAUAUAGUUGAAAGAUUCUUAGAGUUUGUGGAUGUCUCCAGUGGACAGGACGCUAACCAUAUUGUUGCAGCCAUUUUCAAAUGUUUUGAAAAAUUAAAAAUUAACAUGUCAACUUUAUACAUAGUAGCUCAGUCCUAUGAUGGAGCAAGCGUUAUGAGGGGUUGUCUUGGAGGGGUGCAGGCAAAAAUCAAAGAGCAUUACCCUUGUGCACUUUAUACACACUGUAUGGCACAUCGACUGAAUUUAGUUGUUGUGGACAUGUGUAAAGGAAUCAAAAUUGCUCGAAGUGUUUUCAACAUACUUGAGUCUGUAUACGUACACUUUUCUCGCCCGUCCAACAGUUCUGAGUUAGUUAAAAUUCAAUUACAAUUAGGGUUAAAGAAGGGUAAUAUUCUCAGGGUGUGUGAUACACGCUGGAUUUGCAGAUAUAAGAAUUGUGAAUCAAUGUUGAACAAUUAUUCUGCAAUUUUAAAUUUUUUGAACAAUGAAGUUGAAGUUCAAGCAGAUAAAGAUGUUGUUGAAGCUAUAGGUAUUCUAAACCAGAUACAAAAGUGUCAAUUCCUUGUUGUUAUAAUUAUAUUAAAAGAAGUUUUGAGCAUUAUAAAUAUUCUAAGUACUUCUUUACAAUCUAAGACAGCAACUUUAGGUAAAGCAAGAAAUGUGAUUAAUGGGGUCAUCCAAUCAUUUACAUGCCUAAGGUCUGAUGAUGAGUUUUCAAAAUUAUGGUCGACAGUUUUAGAGCUAUCUAAGAAAUAUAAUAUAGAAUUAAAAGUUCAUCACAUUGGAUCAAAACGUAUAAGAGCACAACCGAUUCAUUUAAGGGAAUUCCAUUUGGAAACAACAACAGGUGCUGAACAGGAUGAUCAAAUUAAUGCUACAGAUUCAGUAGAAGUGUAUUGGAGGCGCUCAGUUUACUUUCCUAUAAUUGACACUAUUAUCAAUAACCUAAAAUUCAGAUUUUCAGAUGAAAGUCUUGAAAUGGCUAGUUCGAUUGAUUGUUUUAUGGAAAUGGACUAUGAAAAGAGUCAAUACUUUAUAAAUCAUUAUAAAGUUGUUAUGAAUAUCAAUUUGAAUUUGUUGAAAGCGGAAAUGCUUGUUAUAAAGAACUGCUUACCUUCCAAUUAUAAUCAUGAUGUUACUAAAGAUAUUUGUAAGGAGUCCACAUUUCCAAACGUGUAUAAAAUGUUACAAGUUGCUCUUACAAUUCCGGUGAGUUCUGCUACUUGUGAAAGAAGCUUUUCCUCAAUGCGUCGUCUAAAAAACUGGCUAAGGGCAAGUAUGGAGCAACAGCGUUUCACAGAUUUAUCAAUAUUGAAUAUUGAAAGAGAUAUUGUUAAUAAAAUUACUUCAUCAGAAAUACUAGAAAAAUAUUCAACUACU